AUGCACGCUUCAUUAUUCCUCGUGUUUCCCCUGCUAAGCUUCGCUUUCGGGCAGUCUGGUGGAUGCGAAAGCGGAGCCGUUACUGCUGAUCGCUGCUGUGACGGAGACGUGAUCACCAGCGACGGAAAAGGCAUAGAUACAAGCGACAUUUCGAACCUCGUCUGCUGUACGGGCGGCUCCGGCUCCAGCUUCAACUUCGGAGGAAGUAGCUGCGCGGCUGGCCAGACUCCUGUUCCUUUCAGCCAGCUGCCCAUGGCUGGUAAUGCUGGCUCCUCCCAAGGCACCACCGUGAUCGUGAGCAACGAUAUGACUUCAAUGGAAAGUGCAACCCCGACCGACACAAUGAUGACCUCCUCGGCCAUGUCAUCUUCUCCCGCCGAGACGACAACAUCCGACACUAUGACUUCUUCUGCAAUGGCAGGUACCGAGUCAUCACCCCAAAGCAGCCCCCAGUCUACGACCGACUCGAGCACCGGAGCUGCGGCAAUGAUGACCUCUGGACCCGUAGCUGGUGCCCUGAUGAUGGCGGGAGGUUUAAUGAUGGUUGCUCUGUGA